AUGACAACACGAUUGGCAGAACCAUUGGAAACACCCGAAAUUGUUGAGAAACGACAGAAAACUGAAGAAUCAGAGAAUUCAAAGUCUUAUGGAGCAGAUCAGCAAGGGACCUCAAAAGGAAAUUCUCCAGAUGAGAAAACAGUGGAAGCAGAUCCAGAUGAUGGAUUCGUUUCAAAGCUGGCCGAGUACGAGGAAAUGUUUAAAGACAGGUAAUUCUUACUGAAUGGGUACCAUAAACGUAUGGUUCUUGUAGAAGGGAGGUGAACUUACUGACCGAAAUUUUAUGCAAAAAUUUGAUAUUGUAACCUCUUUUUUGGAUUAUGAUUUAAAUUUUCAAAUUUUAGAUACACGGAAAACGACCCAGACUACUUAUACCGGGUAAAUCAGCAGUUGGAACCCAUAGUAAUGCCAAAUUGGAACCCACCAAGGCAAUUCUACCGCCGAAACGGAAACAACUGGAGAGGGAAUGGUAAAUUUUUAUUUUUUAAUUUAAUUUUUAGGGUUUAUAUCGCAUCUUUUGUUAUACAUUCGAAAACAAGAUAUAUUCUCUGUACAUAUGUUGCUUUUUGUUUUUUGAAGUAAUGCUUGUUUUUCUUAGGCAAUCCCCGAGGCGGUGGUAGAGACAAUUACCAACGGAAUUGGGACCAGAACCGAGGUAACCAUUCAGGGCGCGGGUAUGGUCGGGAUUUUCACGACAGGAGGCGGUAA